ACUAGGAAUGAAUGGAGUUAUUGUAAGCAAUGAGAAAUUAAAGCCUGUCAAGUCUGUUAGGUCAGUUGCUGACUUAAGUAAGAAUACAUUAUCUAGGAAUGAUCAGCAUGUAGAGGUAAAGGAUGAUGUUCAGGGAGAUACGCAGAAGAGUGCAGAUGUUGCAGGAAACCUCAGAGUUAAGGAAAGGAAAGAGGCGAAGGUGUAUCCCAAGGAUACAAGAAGUGUCAUUUUAGAAAGCAAGGUUAAUCAGUUGGAGCACAGAAUAAAGAUGCUUGAGGGAGAGCUAAGAGAAGCUGCAGCUGUUGAGUCUGCUCUUUAUUCAGUAGUUGCUGAGCAUGGAAGUUCCAUGAGUAAGGUCCAUGCUCCAGCUCGGCGCCUUUCUAGGUUGUAUCUUCAUGCUUGUGGAGAAACUUCACGUUCUAGGAGAGCCAGUGCAGCUAGAAGUGUUGUUUCAGGACUAGUUUUGGUUGCAAAAGCAUGUGGGAAUGAUGUUCCAAGGCUAACAUUUUGGCUUUCAAACUCAAUUGUCUUGAGAACAAUUAUAAGCCAGGCUACUGGGGACCCUGAACUUCCCAAGUCUGCCAGGUCUUCUAUUGACAGAAAUGGUGCUGCAAAAGUUAAACAUAAGGCUUCAUCUCCAUUAAAAUGGGAGGCUCCAUCCUCUGGGAAAAAACAAGGGAUGAAACUAUUGAACGGAAGUUUUGGUGACUGGGAGAACCCAAAUUCGUUUAUGUCCACACUGGAGAAGAUUGAAUCAUGGAUCUUCUCCCGAAUAGUUGAAUCUAUCUGGUGGCAGACUUUGACACCACAUAUGCAGUCGGUUGCUGCCAAGGCAAUUGAUGAAAAUAUUGGUUCAGUGUCACAAAAGAAUUAUAGAAGGACAUCUAGUUCAGUUGAUCAAGAGCAAAGUGACUUUUCAUUAGACCUUUGGAAGAAGGCUUUCAGGGAUGCUUGUGAAAGACUUUGUCCAGUAAGAGCUGGUGGGCAUGAAUGUGGCUGCUUGCCUUUGUUGUCUAGAUUGGUCAUGGAGCAAUCGGUGGCUAGAUUAGAUGUGGCAAUGUUCAAUGCCAUUCUCCGUGAAUCUCCUGACGAGAUCCCCAGUGACCCUGUGUCCGAUCCCAUCAGUGAUUUGAAGGUUCUUCCAAUUCCAGCUGGGAAAUCUAGUUUUGGGGCAGGUGCACAGCUGAAGAGUGCGGUAAGCCAAUUCGAAUUGUAUCUUCCAACCUAUUUGUAAUGAAUUUUAUUUAUUUUAUUUGUCUUGUAACAAUUAUUUGUUUCAAUUCUUUAUUAUUUUCCUCAAGCUUUGGGGUUAGGACACCUUCCACAGUUUUUCUCUUUCCUGGGUAAAAUUAAACAUUAGGAGUAUUGUCCAUAUGUAACGCUAUUGGUUCCUGCUACAUGUCCUUGAGUUCUUCUCCACAGGAGAGUACCCUUGUGUUUAAUUCCAAUUACAUGUCCCUUACAAAUCGAUAGUCAUGUGUCUUGACUCGAUGACUAAUACAGCAAAACACUUUUAAGUCGCAUCUAAUUUCCAUCCUGACAUUACAUAAUAUUUGACCUUUAUUAGGAUGAUACACAUUCUGUAAUAUUCCUCAAAAGUGCCUAAUGCCUUUGGAUGUACCUCAAGAGCAUGACCACUUGAUUAUCACAUGAUAAA